ACACCUGGAGUAACAGGCAAAUUUGACCUUGGAGGACAGAAUGAUGCAGGGCAAAGGCUAGUAGAGUUUUGCCAAGAGAACGCACUGGUCAUAGCAAACACCCUCUUCCAACAACACAAGAGAAGACUCUACACAUGGACAUCACCAGAUGGCCAACACCAAAAUCAGAUCAAUUAUAUUCUUUGCAGCCAAAGAUGGAGAAGCUCCAUAUAGUCAUCAAAAACAAGACUGGGAGCUGACUGUGGCUCAGAUCAUGAACUCCUUAUUGCCAAAUUCAGACUUAAAUUGAAGAAAGUGGGGAAAACCACUAGACCAUUCAGGUAUGACCUAAAUCAAAUCCCUUAUGAUUAUACAGUGGAAGUGAGAAAUAGAUUUAAGGGACUAGAUCUAAUAGACAGAGUGCCUGAUGAACUAUGGACAGAGGUUUAUGACAUUGUACAGAAAACAGUGGCUGACUUUAUUCUUCUGGGCUCCAAAAUCACUGCAGAUGGUGACUGCAGCCAUGAAAUUAAAAGAUGCUUACUCCUUGGAAGGAAAGUUUUGACCAACCUAGAUAGCAUAUUAAAGAGCAGAGACAUUCCUUUGCCAACAAAGGUCCAUCUAGUCAAAGCUAUGGUUUUUCCAGUAGUCAUAUGUGGAUGUGAGAGUUGGGCUAUAAAGAAAGCUGAGCGCCGAAGAAUUGAUGCUUUUGAAUUGUGGUGUUGGAGAAGACUCUUGAGAGUCCCUUGGACUGCAAGGAGAUCCAACCAGUCCAUCCUAAAGGAAAUCAGUCCUGAAUAUUCAUUGGAAGGACUGAUGUUGAAGCUGAAACUUCAAUCCUUUGGCCACCUGAUAUGUGAAGAGCUGACUCAUUGGAAAAGACCCCGAUGCUGGGAAAGAUUAAGGUCAGGAGGAGAAGGGGAUGACAGAGGAUGAGAUGGUUGGAUGGCAUCACUGACUCAAUGGACAUGAGUUUCAGUAAACUCCGGGAGUUGGUGAGGGACCAGGGGGACCUGGCAUGCUGCAGUCCAUGGGGUCGCAAGACUGAGCGACUGAACUGAACUGAACUGGUCCCGGCUCUCAGCUGGUUCUGGCCUGGAGCAGGGCUGCUGACUGGGACUGGCUAUUUGGGGUGGGUGAGGGGAGUGAGGCCAGAUCCUGGAGAAGACGACGAAAAGAGUGCGUAUUUUCCUAAGGCAGAGGACUCCCGUGGGACCGUGCCCCUCAUAAACAUGAACGAACUCUCCGGCCCGCGCUGGGGCCAGCCCCUCACAACGAUGGCGUCGCGCAGGCUCUUAUUGGUCGCAGUGGGCUCGAUGGGCAGCGCUGAUUGGCGAAGAGAGGAGGCGUGUCGGGGGCGGGCCCAGGAGCUUAGUUUUUUUUCGGUCCGGGCCUAGAGUGCAGCUGCCUGCCUCUCUGCUAUGUCUCGGGCACGCUGCCACGCUCUCUUCCUGGCAGCGGUUUCUCCGCGUGGUGCAACAACCGGGGUCGCAGCGCGGCGAGGGUUGAGCGCGUGGCCUGUGCUGCAGGAGCCAGGCAUGGAGUAUCAGGAUGCUGUGCGCACACUCAACACGCUGCAGACCAAUGCUAACUACUUGGAGAUGGUGAAGCGUGAGCGGGGUGACCCCCAGACACAGCUGGAAGCCAUGAAGCUGUACUUGGCACGGAGUGGGCUGCAGGUGGAGGACUUGGACCAACUGAACAUCAUCCACAUCACUGGGACCAAGGGGAAGGGCUCCACGUGUGCCUUCACUGAACGUAUCCUCCGAAGCUACGGCCUGAAGACGGGGUUCUUUAGCUCUCCCCACCUGGUGCAGGUGCGUGAGCGGAUCCGCAUCAAUGGGCAGCCCAUAAGCUCCGAACUCUUCACCAAGCACUUCUGGCGCCUCUACCACCGGCUGGAGGAGACCAAGGAUGACAGCAGCUGUGUCUCCAUGCCCGGCUACUUCCGCUUCCUCACGCUCAUGGCCUUCCACGUCUUCCUCCAAGAGAAGGUGGACCUGGCAGUGGUGGAAGUAGGCAUCGGUGGGGCUUACGACUGUACCAACAUCAUCAGGAAGCCUGUGGUGUGUGGGAUCACCUCUCUUGGCAUCGACCACACUGGCCUUCUCGGGGACACGAUGGAGAAGAUCGCAUGGCAGAAAGGGGGCAUUUUUAAGAGUGGCGUCCCUGCCUUCACCGUGCCCCAGCCUGACGAGCCGCUGGCAGUGCUAAGGGACAGGGCUCAGCAGAUCUCAUGUCCCCUCUACCUGUGCCCACCACUACAAGCCCUGGAGGAAGGGGGGCCACCACUGACCCUGGGCCUGGAGGGAGAGCACCAGCGGUCCAAUGCUGCCCUGGCCUUGCAGCUGGCCCGCUGCUGGCUGCAGCAGAAAGGUUACCAGGAUGCCGGGGAGCUGAAGGCAUCCAGGCCCAGCCUCCCAGGGCAGCUGCCCCUGGCACCUGUGUUCCAGCCCACACCCCACAUGCAGCAGGGGCUUUGGCACACGGAGUGGCCAGGUCGGACGCAGUUGCUGCGGCGCGGGCCCCUUACCUGGUACCUGGACGGCGCUCACACCACCAGCAGCAUGCAGGCCUGCGUGCGCUGGUUCCGCCAGGCGCUGCACCGAUGCCAGAGGCCCGACAGCGGGUCCGAGGUGCGCGUCUUGCUCUUCAACUCCACUGGGGACCGGGAUUCCGCGGCCCUUCUGAAGCUGCUGCAGCCCUGCCAGUUUGACUAUGCCAUUUUCUGCCCUAACCUGGCAGAGAUGGCAUCAACAGACAAUGCAGACCAACAGAACUUCACAGUGACACUGGACCAGGUGCUGCUCCGCUGCCUCACCCACCAACAGCACUGGAGUCGCCUGCAUGAGGAGCAGGCCAGCCCGGACCCCUGGAGCACCCCCAGCCGGGAGCAGGGUGGGCCUGCAUCUCUGCUGCUGGCGCCUCACCCACCCCACACCCACAGCGCCAGCUCCCUCAUCUUCAGCUGCAUCUCCCACGCCUUGCAGUGGAUCACCCAAGGCCGGGACCCUGUCUUUCAGCCACCCCGUCCCCCACGGGGCCUCCUCGCCCACCCUGUGGCAGACAGCGGGGCCGUGGUACUCCAAGAGGCUGCCGCCGUCCACGUGCUGGUCACAGGCAGCCUACACCUGGUGGGCGGUGUCCUGAAGCUGCUGGAGCCCUCCCUGUCCCAGUAGCCCAGGCAGUGGGGUGGAGCGGAGGGGCGUCUGCCCUGCAUCUCCCAUGAACUCCUAAACUAUUUGCCUUUUGUGCCUUCCUGAUUCUGUCUAGAGUGACCCAGGGUCUUGGGCUCUAAGCAGUGAAAUAGAGAGCUGGAGGCUGGAUGCUGAGCUCUGUCUCUGAGCCUCUCCAGCUGUUGGACCACACCUGACCGUCCAGUCCCUCUCUACUCCCAUGCUGCCUGCUUCCUGUCUCAGGCCCAGCUUACUGUGUAAGCUGUCUGACCAAGCCUGGGGCCCUGUCGGCUGUUGGCUGCUGGUUGACAGAUUUCCUCCUCCCAGUGGCCUUCUGGGAAAGGAGAGGGUCCCUGCCUGGGGCCCCCAGGGCGCAGAGGGUGGCUGAAAUGAUUUAAAGCUUUGAACUUAAAAAAAAAAAAAAGAUUGGCUGGGACUUCCCUGAUAGUCCAGUGGUUUUAAGACUCUGCACUUCCAAUGCAGAGGACGUGGGUUCGUUCGAUCCCUGGCUAACUAAGGUCCCACAUGCUGCAUGGUAUGGCCAAAAAAAAAAAAUUAAAAAAGCACUGGCUAAACAUUC